AUGAGCGAAAAAUGUUGGUUCCCAUUGCGACAGCCGGACUAUCCGCCGCCUAUGGUAUUGGAAGACGAAACCGGAGUCACCGGGCUGGUCAAGGGGCUUUGGUGCUGCGGUGAGAUCAUACCUGAUUUGGCGCAUCUUAACAACGUCAUCAACUAUCGGGGGCCAACGAAGUUCCCGGUGGAUAUGCCCAUUCACCAUACAAGGUCUGAGGACGUACUCUGGGGGCUUACUUCAGGACCUUUAAUCAACCAAUCCGGUCACAAUGAUGCACCUUUCACAGCUGCGACUGGCACUACUGCAAUUACCAACGCCGACAUUGCAUCUCAGGAUACUGUCACUUACCAUGACAAGUUUGAAGUGCUCGAUACUUACACGAUCGAAGUAACGCCGGCAUACAUUCAGGACUGCAUGGCUGGCAAAGAGGUAUCGGAUCACAUACGUCUACACAGCAGAAUGGGGUCAUCGUCUGUACUCAUGGUCACUGGCAUUGCUGUUGCUCGCGGUGCGCAAAUUUUGCGGUCGGAAAGGAAGAGGCCUUUAUUCCAUGAAGGCUUCAGAGCGUAA